AAAUACGAAGCACAUAGUUACCAUAUGCUGCGCUUUGCCAAAUCAUUAUUGAAUUCCACAACACGCAUGAUUGACAAACCACUUAUAUGGAUCGACUGCGAGGCAAGUCGUCGUGGGCUUUUGACUGACAUAUAGAUAGGAUGUACAGAAAGGACUCAUCUCCGUGAUUUGCGUAACCAGAUGACGGGUCUGGAUCUUGCCAAGGAUCACUUGAUCGAGAUCGCUGUCCUGAUCACCAAUGGUAACCUCGAUAUUGUCGCCAAAGGUCCAGAGUUAGUGAUUCACCAACCAAAAAGCGUGAUGGAUAAUAUGAAUGACUGGUGUGUUGAGCAUCAUGGUGCUUCAGGGCUAACGCAACAGGUACUGGAAUCCACGAUCAGCGUGCAGGAGGCCGAAGCACAAGUGCUAGACUUCAUAGUGAAACAUGUCCCUCAGCCUGGUGUUGCUCAGUUAGCCGGGAACUCGGUUCAUGCAGACAAACGAUUCCUUGAAAAAGAGAUGCCCAAAGUAGUAGAGCAUCUCCACUAUCGUAUUGUGGAUGUCAGCACAGUGAAAGAGCUGGCCCGGAGGUGGUACCCAGAUACGUACAAUGCCUUGGUCAAAAAAGGUGCUCAUCGAGCCAUGGGCGAUAUUAUAGAAAGUAUUGAGGAGCUCCAAUUUUACCGCCAGACGAUAUUUAAAGAAGAGUAAAAACGUGGCGAUGCAUGGAUUGGCGGAUGCAGAAGCAGUAUAUAUAUUUGCCCCCCAAAGAAAUUAUGGUAAAU